AUGGCAAUGGAAUUGGGACCGGGCAUUCCUCGUAUGUGCCCGUGCGGAGCACUGACUAUUCUGUUGACAUCGAAGACGAAGGAAAACCCAGGCCGUAGAUUCUACAGAUGUGGGGUUGUAUUUGGGGAAAACCACCUUUUCAAGUGGGCAGACGAAGCCUUAGUGGAGGAGAUAGAAGCAUUGGCCGUGAAGCAGUCGACAAUUGAGAAUGAGAUUAAUGAAGUGAAGGACCUCAUUCUUGACAUGAAGAAAGACAUUACUGAGAUUGUUGAAGUUGUUGCGGCAUUAUCUACCAAGCUUAGGAAGUAG